AUGGCAAUCAAGCAGGAGCUUAGAGCUGUCCGUAAGAUAGGACGAAUGUUGUCAAAGAGUUUUGGGAACGGUCUUCGCAGAAUUCACGACCCAACGCUGGAUCGUCCUCCUUGGUGGAGAUUGUACUCAGCGAUUCUCUUGGUAAGAGGAAGUGUGCCGAUGAGGUUUGUUUCUUUGUAUCAGGGACUAUUGUAG